AUGUACGUAGCCGACGCUUCCGACUUUUCCGCUAUCAUGUGGGCACCAUCCGAGAAGAAAGAAACUACAUUCCCUGAGGCGGAAGAAGCUUCCUUGGAGCAAGAGCAGAUGGCACAGACCACAGAGCGUGCCCAAGAUCCCCUCUCCUUUUUUAAGGACCCAUUGUGCCUGGAUGCAGGAACAGGCAGUGAAGAGAUGCUGGUGAGCCGACGUCUUUCCGGAGGUGUGGAAACGGCUGCUGCCCCUCCAGUCCAGAGAACCCACACAGGGGAGAAACCUUUUGAAUAUUCAGUGUGUGGAAAGAGAUGCACUGUGAGUGCGAAUCUUGAAAAGCAUCUGACAACCCACACAGGGAAGAAAUCUUUCAAAGAUUCAGCGUGCAGAAAGAGGUUCAGUCAGGGUGCCCACCUUAAACAGCAUCAGAGAACCCACACAGGGGAGAAACCUUUUGAAUGCUCAGAAUGUGGAAAGAGAUUCAGUCGAAGCGGCAGUCUUCAACAGCAUCAGAGAACCCACACAGGGGAGAAACCAUUUGAAUGCUCAGAGUGUGGAAAGAGAUUCAGUCAGAGUUGCAACCUUCAACUGCACCAGAGAACCCACACAGGGGAGAAACCUUUUGAAUGCUCGGAGUGUGGAAAGAGAUUCAGUCUGAGUGGUAAUCUUCAGAAGCACCAAAGAACCCACACAGGGGAGAAACCUUUUGAAUGCUCAGAGUGUGGAAAGAGAUUCAGUAAGAAUAGCAGUCUUCAAUAUCAUCGAAGACUCCACACAGGGGAGAAACCAUUUGAAUGCUCAGAGUGUGGAAAGAGAUUCUGUGAGAGUUGGACUCUUCACAAGCAUCAGACAACCCUCACCGGGGAGAAACCUUUUGAAUGCUCAGAUUGCGGAAAGAGAUUCAGUGAGAGUGGCACUCUUCAGAAGCACCGAAGAACGCACACAGGGGAGAAACCUUUUGAAUGCUCAGAGUGUGGAAAGAGAUUCAGUCAGAGCGGCCAUCUUCAAAAACACCAGAGAGCCCACACAGGGGAGAAACCUUUUGAAUGCUCAGAUUGCGGAAAGAGAUUCAGUGAGAGUGGCACUCUUCAGAAGCACCGAAGAACGCACACAGGGGAGAAACCUUUUGAAUGCUCAGAGUGUGGAAAGAGAUUUAGUAGGAGUGGCAAUCUUCAAAUACAUCGAAGAACCCACACAGGGGAGAAACCUUUUGAAUGCUCAGAGUGUGGAAAGAGAUUCAAUCAUAGUGGCACUCUUAAAAUACAUCGAAGAACCCACACAGGGGAGAAACCUUUUGAAUGCCCAGAGUGUGGAAAGAGAUUUAGUUGGAGUGGCAGUCUUCAAAUACAUCGAAGAACCCACACAGGGGAGAAACCUUUUGAAUGCUCAGAGUGUGGAAAGAGAUUCCGUGAGAGUGGCCAUCUUCAACAGCACCAAAGAACCCACACAGGGGAGAAACCUUUUGAAUGCUCAGAGUGUGGAAAGAGAUUCAAACAUAGUGGCACUCUUCAACAACAUCAGAGAACCCACACAGGGGAGAAACCUUUUGAAUGCCCAGAGUGUGGAAAGAGAUUUAGUAGGAGUGGCAGUCUUCAUAAGCACCAAAGAACCCACACAGGGGAGAAACCUUUUGAAUGCUCAGCGUGUGGAAAGAGAUUCAGUCAGAGGGGCACUCUUCAACUGCACCAAAGAACCCACACAGGGGAGAAACCUUUUGAAUGCCCAGAGUGUGGAAAGAGAUUUAGUAGGAGUGGCAAUCUUCAAAUACAUCGAAGAACCCACACAGGGGAGAAACCUUUUGAAUGCUCAGAGUGUGGAAAGAGAUUCUGUGAGAGUGGCCAUCUUCACCAGCACCAAAGAACCCACACAGGGGAGAAACCUAUUGGAUCAGAGGAUAAUCAGAGGAAUGAGAAAGGUGAAGUAUUUCAUCAGCAAAUGCCAGAUAGAGUUAAAAAUGAAGACCUGAAAGAAAACGUUAUGAAUCAAGGCACACCGAAGACAAAGAAAGUCGGCCAAGUGACUGAGAUUCAAGAUGGAAGAAAGUGUAAUGUACAUUUUCAAAUGCACGAGAUAACGAAGGCAAGUAAAUCCAUUCAUUGUGGAAAGUCCUUCAGAAAUAGAUCACCGCUCUUUGUGCACCAAAGAAUACAUAGAGGUGAGCAAACUUUUGAAUGCUCAGUGUGUGGAAAGAAAUUCAGUAGGAGUGGCAAUCUUCAACAGCACCAAAGAGCUCACACAGGGGAAAAACCUUUUGAAUGCUCAGAGUGUGGAAAGAGAUUCAGUCAAAGUGGCCAUCUUCAACUGCACCAAAGAACCCACACAGGGGAGAAACCUUUUGAAUGUUCAGUGUGUAGAAAAAGAUUCAGUACGAGUGGCAGUCUUCAAAUACACCUAAGAAUCCACACAGGGGAAAAACCUUUUGAAUGCUCAGUGUGUGGAAAGAGAUUCGGUACAAGUAGCAAUCUUCAUCUGCAUCAAAGAACCCACACAGGGGAGAAACCUUUUGAAUGCUCAGAGUGUACUAAAAGAUUCAGUACGAGUGGCAGUCUUCAAAUACACCGAAGAACUCACACAGGGGAGAAAACUUUUCAAUGCUCAGAGUGUGCAAAAAGAUUCAGCACGAGUAGCAAUCUUCAUCUCCAUCAAAGAAUCCACACAGGGGAGAAACCUUUUCAGUGCUCAGAGUGUGGAAAGAGAUUCAGUUACAGUAGCACUCUUCAGAAGCAUCAAAGAACCCACACAGGGGAGAAACCUUUUGUAUGCUCAGUGUGUGGAAACAGAUUCAGUCAGACUGGCCUUCUUGAACGACAUCAAAGAACCCACACAGGGGAGAAACCUUUUGAAUGUUCAGAGUGUGGAAAGAGAUUCAGUUUGAGUGGCAAUCUUCAAAAGCAUUUGAGAAUCCACACGGGGGAGAAACCUUUUGAAUGUUCAGAGUGUGGAAAGAAAUUCAGUUUGAGUGGCAAUCUUCAAAAGCAUCUGAGAAUCCACACGGGAGAGAAACCUUUUGAAUGCUCAGAGUGUGGAAAAAAAUUCAGGUGUAGUGACUCUCUUCUAGAGCAUUUAAGAACCCACACAGGGGAGAAACCCUUUGAAUGCUCAGAGUGUGGAAAGCGAUUCAGUCGGAGUGGCCAUCUUCUAGAACAUCUAAGAACCCACACAGGGGAGAAACCUUUUGAAUGCUCAGUGUGUGGAAAGAGAUUCAGGCUGAGUGGCCAUCUUCAGCAGCACCAAAGAACCCACACAGGAGAGAAUCCUUUUGAAUGCUCAGAGUGUGGAAAGAGCUUCAGGAUGAGUGGCCAGCUUCUAAAGCAUCUAAGAACCCACACUGGGGAAAAACCUUUUGAAUGUUCAGAGUGUGGAAAGCGAUUCAGUUGGAGUGGCGAUCUUCAAAAGCAUCUGAGCACUCACACAGGGGAGAAACCUUUUGAAUGCUCAGAAUGUGGGAAGAGAUUCAAGUUGAGUGGCCAUCUUCUAGAGCAUCUAAGAACCCACACAGGGGAAAAACCUUUUGGUUGCUCAGAGUGUGGAAAGAGAUUCAGUCAGAGUGGCAGUCUUCACAAGCAUUUGAGAACCCACAGAGAGGAAAAACCUUUUGGAUGUUCAAUGUGUGGAAAGAGAUUCGGCGAGAAGGGGAAUCUUCACAAGCAUCAGAGAACCCACACAGGGGAGAAACCUUUUGAAUUCUCAGAGAAUGGGAAGACAUUCAGUAACACUCUUAGUCUUCAGCAGCACCAAAGAACUCACACAGAGGAAAACUUUUUGAAUAUUCAUAGUGUGGAGAGAGAUUCAGUUGGAGUGGCAGUCUUCAAAAGCAUCUGA